CACCCAGUCCUCGCCCCCCGUGGCCCCCCCAGGCCGGCCAGGCUAGGGGAGGGGGCGGGGGCCCUUUCCUGGGCCGGCUUCCCCCUCCCCCGGCUUCGCCCGUGCCUGUUCCCCUCCGUUCUCGCCUUCCUCUCCUCUUUCUCCCUCUCCUCUCUCCCCUUCUCUCCUCCAUUUUCUCCUUUCCCCUUCCUCCCCUCCCCGGCCCGCCCUCUCCUCUCCCACCUGUCCUUCCUUCUUGCUCCUGGGGAAUCGCCGUUUUGGAUUAGUUGGGGGCCACCACGGACGGCGGUGGGGGAGGGGGCCGUGGACUGCCCUCUCCCCCCACCCCAGCCGCACACCGCCAGCGCCACAGCAUCUCCCGCUGUCGCUCCUCGGGCCUCGAGGGAGCCCAGCCCUCCGUCCCACCAGGAUCCGUGGCGAGUGGGGGCCGCGGCAGCUGCGUCCCCAUGAGGAGGAGAGGAAGAUGCCGGCUGAGCUGCUGCUGCUGCUGAUUGUUGCCUUCGCCAGCCCCAGCUGCCAGGUGCUCUCAUCACUGCGCAUGGCUGCGAUCCUGGACGACCAGACUGUGUGUGGCCGCGGCGAACGUCUGGCCCUGGCCUUGGCCCGGGAGCAGAUCAACGGGAUCAUUGAGGUCCCAGCCAAGGCCCGAGUGGAAGUUGACAUCUUUGAGCUGCAGCGGGACAGCCAGUACGAGACCACGGACACCAUGUGUCAGAUCCUGCCCAAGGGGGUCGUGUCUGUCUUGGGACCCUCCUCCAGCCCAGCAUCUGCCUCCACUGUGAGCCAUAUCUGUGGGGAGAAGGAGAUCCCCCACAUCAAGGUGGGUCCCGAGGAGACGCCCCGCCUGCAGUACCUGCGCUUCGCAUCUGUCAGCCUGUACCCCAGCAACGAGGACGUCAGCCUAGCUGUCUCCCGGAUCCUCAAGUCCUUCAACUAUCCCUCGGCCAGCCUCAUCUGCGCCAAGGCUGAGUGCCUGCUGCGAUUGGAGGAACUGGUCCGUGGCUUCCUCAUCUCCAAGGAGACUCUUUCGGUGAGGAUGCUGGACGACAGCCGGGACCCCACACCCCUGCUCAAGGAGAUCCGCGAUGACAAGGUGUCCACCAUCAUCAUUGAUGCCAACGCUUCCAUCUCCCACCUCAUCCUCCGCAAGGCCUCGGAGCUGGGAAUGACCUCAGCGUUUUACAAGUACAUCCUCACCACCAUGGAUUUCCCCAUUCUGCAUCUGGAUGGCAUCGUGGAGGACUCCUCCAACAUCCUGGGCUUCUCCAUGUUCAACACCUCCCACCCCUUCUACCCUGAGUUUGUGCGCAGCCUCAACAUGUCCUGGAGAGAGAAUUGUGAAGCCAGCACCUACCCGGGCCCCGCGCUGUCAGCAGCCCUGAUGUUCGACGCUGUGCACGUGGUGGUGAGCGCCGUCCGAGAGCUGAACCGCAGCCAGGAGAUCGGCGUGAAGCCGCUGGCCUGUACAUCAGCCAACAUUUGGCCGCACGGGACCAGCCUCAUGAACUACCUGCGCAUGGUAGAGUAUGAUGGGCUGACUGGGCGGGUCGAGUUCAACAGCAAAGGCCAGAGGACCAACUAUACCCUCCGCAUCCUAGAGAAGUCGCGACAGGGCCACCGUGAGAUAGGGGUGUGGUACUCUAACCGGACACUGGCCAUGAACGCUACCACCCUGGACAUCAACCUGUCGCAGACACUGGCUAACAAGACCCUGGUGGUCACGACCAUCCUGGAAAACCCGUAUGUCAUGCGCCGGCCCAACUUCCAGGCCUUGUCUGGCAACGAGCGCUUCGAGGGCUUCUGCGUGGACAUGCUGCGGGAGCUGGCCGAGCUGCUGCGCUUCCGCUACCGCCUGCGGCUGGUGGAGGACGGGCUGUAUGGGGCGCCUGAGCCCAAUGGCUCCUGGACAGGCAUGGUCGGCGAACUCAUCAACCGGAAGGCAGACCUGGCUGUGGCUGCGUUCACCAUCACAGCCGAGCGGGAGAAGGUCAUCGACUUCUCCAAACCCUUCAUGACCCUGGGAAUCAGCAUCCUCUACCGAGUGCACAUGGGUCGCAAGCCCGGCUACUUCUCCUUCCUGGACCCCUUCUCCCCUGCCGUGUGGCUCUUCAUGCUUCUCGCCUACCUGGCUGUCAGCUGUGUGCUAUUCCUGGCUGCCAGGCUGAGCCCCUACGAGUGGUACAACCCGCACCCGUGCCUGCGGGCGCGGCCCCACAUCCUGGAGAACCAGUACACACUGGGCAACAGCCUCUGGUUCCCCGUGGGGGGCUUCAUGCAGCAGGGCUCGGAGAUCAUGCCCCGGGCGCUGUCCACACGCUGCGUCAGCGGAGUCUGGUGGGCCUUCACCUUGAUCAUCAUCUCCUCCUACACGGCCAACCUGGCCGCCUUCCUCACCGUGCAGCGCAUGGAGGUGCCCGUGGAGUCGGCCGACGACCUGGCGGAUCAGACCAACAUCGAGUACGGCACCAUCCACGCGGGCUCCACCAUGACCUUCUUCCAGAACUCACGGUACCAGACGUACCAGCGCAUGUGGAACUACAUGCAGUCGAAGCAGCCCAGUGUGUUCGUCAAGAGCACAGAGGAGGGCAUCGCCCGCGUCCUCAACUCCCGCUACGCCUUCCUGCUCGAGUCCACCAUGAACGAGUACCACCGGCGCCUCAACUGCAACCUCACCCAGAUCGGGGGCCUCCUCGACACCAAGGGCUACGGCAUCGGCAUGCCGCUGGGCUCCCCGUUCCGGGAUGAGAUCACGCUGGCCAUCCUGCAGCUCCAGGAGAACAACCGGCUGGAGAUCCUGAAGCGCAAGUGGUGGGAGGGGGGCCGGUGCCCCAAGGAAGAGGACCACCGCGCCAAAGGCCUGGGCAUGGAGAACAUCGGCGGCAUUUUCGUUGUGCUCAUCUGCGGCCUCAUCAUCGCUGUCUUCGUGGCGGUCAUGGAGUUCAUAUGGUCCACUCGGAGGUCAGCAGAAUCCGAAGAGGUGUCCGUUUGCCAGGAGAUGCUGCAGGAGCUGCGCCACGCCGUGUCCUGCCGCAAGACGUCGCGUUCUCGCCGGCGCCGGCGCCCAGGCGGCGCGAGCCGGGCCCUGCUGUCGCUGCGCGCCGUCCGCGAGAUGCGCCUCAGCAACGGCAAGCUCUACUCGGCCGGCGCGGGCGGCGACGCGGGCGGCGCGCACGGGGGCCCGCAGCGCCUCCUGGACGACCCGGGACCGCCCGGCGGCGCGCGCCCGCCCGCGCCCACGCCCUGCACCCACGUGCGCGUCUGCCAGGAGUGCCGGCGCAUCCAGGCGCUGCGGGCCUCGGGGGCCGCGGCGCCCCCGCGGGGCCUGGGCGCCCCCACCGAGGCCACCAGCCCGCCCCGGCCGCGGCCUGGCCCUGCAGGCCCCCGCGAGCUGGCCGAGCACGAGUGA